CAAAGUCAGGCGGCGUCACCGUCACCACCGUACUGCAGGCUGCCGGCACCUGUCACAGCCACCACCGCAGAGAGGGGCCAGGCCGGGCAGGGACGCCAGGGCCACCAGGCACCGCGUGAGGCAAGGACGAGGCCGGCCAGAUGGGCAGCACCAUGGAGCCCCCCGGGGGUGGGUACCUGCACCUGGGCGCUGUGACGUCCCCCGUGGGCACGGCCCGAGUACUGCAGCUGGCCUUUGGCUGCACCACCUUCAGCCUGGUGGCCCACCGGGGCGGCUUCGCGGGCGUCCAAGGCACCUUCUGCAUGGCUGCGUGGGGUUUCUGCUUCGCCGUCUCCGGCCUCGUGGUGACCUGUGAGUUCACCCGGCUGCACAGCUGCCUGCACCUGUCCUGGGGCAACUUCACGGCGGCCUUCGCCAUGCUGGCCACGCUGCUGUCCGCCACGGCCGCUGUCAUCUACCCCCUAUAUUUCACCCGGCUGGAGUGCCCCCCCGAGCCCGCGGGCUGUGCAGCCAGGGACUUCCGCCUGGCAGCCAGCGUCUUUGCCGGCCUCCUCUUCCUGGCCUACGCCGUGGAGGUAGCUCUGACCCGGGCCCGGCCAGGCCAGGUGGCCAGCUACAUGGCCACGGUCUCAGGGCUCCUCAAGAUCGUCCAGGCCUUCGUGGCCUGCAUCAUCUUUGGGGCACUCGUCUACGACAGCCGCUACGGGCGCUACAUGGCCACCCAGUGGUGUGUGGCCGUCUACAGCCUGUGCUUCCUGGCCACAGUGGCCGUGGUGGCCCUGAGUGUGACGGGCCACACGGGGGGCCUGGGCUGCCCCUUCGACCGUCUGGUUGUGGUGUACACCUUCCUGGCCGCGCUCCUUUACCUCAGCGCGGCUGUGAUCUGGCCCGUCUUCUGCUUCGACCCCAAGUACGGUGAGCCCGGGCGGCCCCCCGACUGCCCUCGAGGCAGCUGCUCCUGGGACAGCCAGCUGGUGGUGGCCGCCUUCACCUACGUCAACCUGCUUCUGUACGUCGCCGACCUCGCCUACUCCCAGAGGAUCCGCUUCGUGCCCAGCCUGUAG